AUGACUCCUCUGAUUCACGAAACUAAACUUUUUAACUCGCUUUGCCCCAUUCCAGCUAUCAGUGAGCUGGCUUCAGACGAUACCUGCUCCCUCCAGGUACAUAAUACUGCAAGAAGAAACAGCGUCUCCUCAAUCUUCGGCCUUGCACUGAACCACGGAAGAUCAGCAGGGAGAGCCAGCGUACCCACCAUCAGUGCAGCUGAUAGAGAGAGGCUCAGGCAAGGGAGCAACGCUUACAAAGCUGCCAGUAACCUACAAACCAGCCAGAGCCUCAAAUCCCGUUUCAAGAAAUACCAGUACAUCAGAUCAUCCUCCAAUAAUUCAACGGAGAGCAUAGAGCAAAGCGGGAUACUGAGCAAACUGGACGAGACCUUUGCACAGAUCAAGUCCCAACUGAAUAACUUAUCAGAGGAGAACAGAACAGUGAGGACUAGAGUCCACUCUCUUACAGAAGCAGUCAGUGAGCUAUGCUCUCAUUUCAGCACAAGAAACAGCGAAGACGAAGAUGAUGAAGAAAUUGACGGAGAGGACAACCUGUCCCUCUCUCUCCCAUCCAAUGGCAUACAGCGAAUGCACAGCGUUCCCCCUUUCUCAACAGGCUGGAGAGAUCUUGAGGUAUUUGAUGAAGACCUAAUGGACACUAACACAUUAAGCAAUGACUGGGAAAGGAUAAGCUGGGUAAAGAGCCUCGAAAGAAGUGGAGAAACAAAUCUGAUAGGAUUACACAAUGCCAGAGUCCCUUGCAUCAUAAUGGUAGAUGAUUGCAAUGACAGCACUAGUGAGGAAGAAAAUGGAGAGCAAGAAAUAAAUGGAGGAAAUGACAGACAUGAAGACACAGGAGCCACUGAGAACGAAUGUGAUAGAACAAACGAAGAGGAUUAUAAAUAUGGAGGAUUUGACAUUGAUACAUGAUUUAAUGCAGACAUGAUGCACAUUAAAUAAUUAUAUUAAUUAUCAUUAUAGUCAUAUUUGCUUUAAUGCAAUUGUGAAUAUUUUCAACAAACAAAA